AUCUCGUCAGUGGCCACGAUCACCCGUCGCUAUAAAUAGACCACGUGAUUUUCGGUUGUAAAUCACGUGGUGCGAUCGAAAUCAUUCUUGCGAUCUAAUUGCGGACCACGCGUUGGACACGACGCGACAGGUCUCUGAUCCAGCGUAAUGAGUCCCUACAAUUUGGAGAGACUCCCAGUGCUACAAGAGCGAUAGCGCGACAGUGGUUAUGUGCUUAUCGGGCAACUACUUCUCUGAUUCGAAGUACGCGCGCGCGAACUGCACCGAGUUCUUCGUUGACCUUGUACAUAAUCCGUGGUGACUUUCAUUUUAACCUGACCGUGGAACUGUGUGGAACUUGCUGCAUUUGUUCAACUGAAACAGUCAGUUAAAGUCAGUCCCAAAAAUCUACCGUUUCACCAGUGCUCACGCGAGAAAUCUCUAAAGUUUCCAGAACAGUUUGCGAAAUGUCAAGAGAGCGUGCUUCCAGGAGAUUUUAUCGCGUGGAUAGCACUAAUGAUUUGUUCGAGUUUAUGGACCGUGGCUAUUCAGCUCAACAUGAAAAUCGAUGGAACUUUGAAGUUGCUUGGGAAGCCGCCAAUAAAGUUGGCGGCAUUUAUACUGUAAUAAGAUCUAAAACUUAUGUCUCCACUGAAGAAAUGGGUGAUCAGUACUGUCUUAUUGGUCCGUAUAAAGAACAUUCGGCACGCACUGAAGUCGAGGAGGCGGAUUUUCCUUCUCAUAGUCCUUUGCAUCAAGCGGUACAAGUUUUGCGUGAUCAAGGAUAUAAGGUAAUAACGGGAACAUGGCUGGUAGAUGGAAAUCCUCAAAUAAUUUUGCUCGAUAUCGGAAGUGCCGCUUGGAAGCUGGACGAAUACAAACAAGAAUUAUGGAACACUUGUAAUCUUGGAAUACCUCAUCUCGAUAUUGAAGCUAAUGAUGCCGUAAUACUUGGUUAUCUAGUCUGUCAGUUUAUUACAGAAUUUAGAAAAGCAGCCGAAGGAUAUUCAAGCAUUCCGCCAAGAAUAGUCGUACACUGUCACGAAUGGCAGGCAGGUGUCGGUUUAAUUGCCUUGAGAACAAGACAUGUGGAUGUGGCCACAGUAUUUACUACUCACGCUACACUUCUUGGUAGAUAUCUUUGCGCGGGAAAGACUGAUUUUUACAACAAUCUAGAUAAGUUCAGUGUUGAUGAAGAAGCGGGGAAACGUCAGAUAUAUCAUAGAUACUGUAUGGAACGUGCUGCUUCACAUUUAGCUCAUGUAUUUACGACAGUUUCGGACAUUACUGGUUUCGAAGCCGAACAUUUGCUGAAACGUAAACCCGAUAUUAUCACACCGAACGGAUUAAAUGUGAAGAAAUUUGCAGCAUUGCAUGAAUUUCAGAAUUUACAUGCUGUUAGUAAAGAAAAGAUACAUGAAUUUGUGCGAGGGCACUUUUAUGGACAUUAUGAUUUUGAUUUAGAUAAAACAUUAUAUUUUUUCACUGCUGGUCGUUAUGAAUUUGGAAACAAAGGAGCCGAUAUAUUUGUAGAAGCUUUGGCUCGAUUAAAUCAUUAUUUAAAAACGUCCAGGCCUGACUUAACAGUGGUCGCUUUCCUUAUUUUUCCCGCAAAAACUAAUAAUUUUAAUGUUGAAUCUCUUCGUGGUCAUGCUGUGACGAAAUCUCUACGAGAAACUAUUAAUGAUAUACAGCAAAAAAUAGGGAAACGCAUGUACGAGUUGUGUCUUUCCGGUCGUAUGCCUGAAGCUCAAGACUUGUUGGAGAAAGAGGAUACUAUUAAAAUAAAACGAUGUUUAUAUGCUCUGCAAAGGAAUGGAUUACCGCCUAUUACGACUCAUAAUGUUGUUGAUGAUUGGAAUGAUCCAGUGUUAAAUGCUGUUAGAAGAUGUAAUCUCUUCAAUACUGUCCACGAUCGCGUUAAGAUAGUAUUUCAUCCAGAGUUUUUAUCUUCGACAAAUCCACUAUUUGGUCUUGAUUACGAAGAAUUUGUUAGAGGAUGCCAUUUGGGUGUUUUUCCUUCGUAUUAUGAACCGUGGGGUUACACACCAGCUGAGUGUACAGUUAUGGGAAUACCUAGUAUUACUACUAACUUAUCAGGAUUUGGGUGCUUUAUGCAGGAGCACAUAGCAGAUCCAAUGAGCUAUGGUAUUUACAUUGUUGACAGGCGUUUUAUUGGUUUAGAGUCAAGCAUUCAACAGCUCGCUCAAUACAUGUUCGAUUUUGCACGACUCAGCCGUCGUCAGCGUAUCAUACAACGAAAUCGUACAGAACGUCUUAGCGAUCUCCUCGAUUGGCGAAAUCUUGGCAUUUAUUAUCGUCAAGCGAGAGUAAAAGCAUUGACCACCGUCUACCCGGAACUGGCAUCGGAAUAUGCAGAGGGUGGAAUUGGCCGGUUUAAUUAUCCUAGACCAAUUAGUGAACCACCAUCCCCAUCAUCUUCACGGCACACGACACCAGCUGCUUCAAUACAUGGUUCAGAUGACGAGGAUGAAGUUGAUGAUGAAAAAGAGCUAGAAGAAUUACGACAAUCGAGUGGAAGAUAAAUAAAGAGAUCAAGAGUACUAAGAACAAGAAGCAAUCGUAUGCAGUAAAUAUCAAGAUAAUUUAUGGAACGCAUUCGCGUAACACAACAGUGCCAAAAUAUUAGUUGCAAUUCCUUAAUGAAGUAUAUGUAUUUGUAUAUUAAAAAAAUCUUGAUUGAUAUUGAAAAUUCUACAUAUUCAAUUUUGAACGCUUCUUAUUGAUAUCUGUCACUGCCGUAAAAAGCACAAAACAGAAUAAUUUGUAAGUACAGAUGUAUGCAGAAUAAUUUAAUAACUCACUCAUUGAGAUUAUUAGCAAUAUUAUUUGCUAUUCUUUAAGAUUUGUUUGCUAAUAGGAAAACUCAUGCGGUAUAGAACUUCCCAGAAAUUGCUGCUGUUUUGUAACGUUUUUGCAGUAGUGUUGGAAGUUUGCAAUGUUGAUGAAAUAUUGCAAUGUUACUGCAAUAUUACUAAAAUAUUAUAUUGUAUUCUAUGUUAUACAAGAAUUUACUUUAUUCCAUACUGUGUCAAAUAUAACAUUUCAGCAAUUUUACAGCAAUAUUGCAAAAUUGCCGCAAUAUUGUGGGAAUAUUCUAUGCUAUAGAAUAUAGGGUUUAAGCAAAUUUAAAUUUCUCAUUACAUUAACACAAUUAACAAUAAUGUUAAUGUCAGAAAUUUAAAUGUAUAGAAAAUGUAUGUUUAUAUAGCGUGCCACAUUAUGUAUGUACGUAUUGUGUUUGAGAAUAUAAUCAUAUAUACAAUC